CAAUAUUUAGACAACUUUGUCCCCUAAAUAAUUAGGGGACCGCGCACUCAGACCAGCGGAGAGUCCGCAAUGCUGACAGGCACCGCCAAAAGAAUUUGUUUCAGGUAGAAAGAUGCUCUUUUUCUCCGCUUCAAAACCAACACUACCACAGCAAAGUCGCAAGCGAAAGAGAGAAGCAAGCCAUGAGCGGAUCCCCUAACCCAUCGCAUGUUCAGGAAGCAGAGGACCAGAAUCCGCUACCGCGGCAUCAGUCACCACCGCAUCCACCGUUGGCGGCUGCAUUUUCUCAAGCUUCGCUGCAGAAGACCAACAGCAGUGGAAGAGAAGGAGUUUCGACGAAGCCUAUAGGGCUACCUCUACGUUCUCUGCUUCAAGAACCAGACGACUCCAUCCCCCCGCGAGAAGAAUCAAAAAGCCCGAAGGUGAAGGAGAAUGAGAAUUACUUCGACUCUCAGAAGAGUGAAGCGUCAUUACCAGCUUCUCCUCUCCGAUCUCCUGUCAACGCUCCGGAGAACAAGAUCCCUUCUGAGAACUCGUCCAAGUCGCCGGGACGAGCUGGCGCAAUUGUCCCCAAACAUCUCAAGUCAUUGCUUGAGGACGGUGGAAGCCCGAUCGGCCAGACGGAGAGGUCUCCGGAGAAGCCUUCGGUGCAAAAUCGGACGGCGAAGGCUAUGGGUAGCGGAAGGGGGAUGGUGAUAAGAGUGGAAUCCGGGGUUGUUCGGCGGACGGCCCUGAGGAGGGCUGAAAUUGGGCUUAGGGUUUCGGAAGCAGCUCUAUGUGUGGUUUCUUUUUCGGUGAUGGCCGCCGACAAGACUAGUGGCUGGUCUGGCGACUACUUCGACCGUUAUCAAGAAUACAGGUAUUGUUUUUCAGUGAAUGUUAUAGCAUUUGCCUACGCAGCAUUCCAAGUUUUCUCGCACUUACAGUAUAUGAUCUGGAAGAGACACAGAAUAAGCCGUUCUUUAAGUUUCUCUUUCGACUUCUUAAUUGAUCAGGUACUGGCAUACUUACUGAUGUCUGCAUCAUCAUCGGCAGCCACUCGCAACGAUGAUUGGGUUUCCAUGUUUGGGAGGGAUAAGUUCACUGACAUGUUAAUUGGCUCUAUUGCAGCUUCUUUCUUUGCUUUCUUGGCUUUUGCUAUCAGCUCUAUAAUUUCUGCUUACAAACUCUUCAGCUUGAAUCCUUGAAAGCACAACAAUGCCUGUAUAUAAGCAAGCUUUUUGAUUUAUCAGAAUGAUGUAUAUUUUUGUAGCCAUUGCCACUAAUUGCUGGUGUUUCCAAGCUUAUUAUUAAGAUUAAAUUACCUUUUUGUUAAA